UUCUGUUGUGCAAAAAGAGAAAGUAGAUGUACAAACGUCACGACGAUUUAGAUCCAAAUACUCAAAUUACCAGUUUUCGUGUGUUAAAGUGAGAUAGUAACUGAAAUUCGCAGGAUUUCUAAGCUAGUCUGUCGAACGGAAUCUCUUAUUAGUCGAUUUUUAACAAUGGAGACAGUGCAGAAGUGAUGUAGAAAAAUACGUCUAUUUAUAACAUAUUAGUCGUAAUUAAAUUAUUUCAAACGCUGUUAACUGUUCUUUCACUCUAAAUUAAAUGAGUGCCAGCCCAAUAUUUGCUGAUCAAAAUGUAGAUCAUACAAAAUAGUGCAACAUUUAACACAGUGAAGUAUUGUUUAGAAAUCAUAUUUAUUAUUUAUUCAACACAUCUCAAGAAAAUAUUGCAAAUAUGGAGGUUGUAGGAGAUUAUGAAUAUAGUAGCAAAGAUUUAAUAGGCCAUGGUGCAUUUGCUGUAGUUUUUAAGGGCAGACUUCGAGAGAAUCCCUCGUGUACGGUUGCCAUUAAGAGUAUAACAAAGAAGAGUUUGGCAAAAUCACAAAAUUUGCUUGGAAAGGAAAUAAAAAUUUUAAAGGAACUCACUGAGCUUCAUCACGAAAAUGUUGUUGCCCUGUUAGACUGCAAAGAAUCUGCUAACAAUGUCUAUUUAGUCAUGGAGUAUUGUAAUGGCGGAGAUUUAGCUGAUUACUUGCAUGCUAAGGGAACUUUAAGUGAAGACACCAUACGUCUAUUUUUGGUCCAACUGGCUGGUGCAAUGAAGGCGCUGUACGCCAAGGGAAUAGUUCAUAGAGACCUGAAACCUCAGAAUAUUCUCUUAUCACAUAGUGGUGCCAAGACGCAUCCUCAACCUUCAGAAAUUAAACUUAAAAUAGCUGAUUUUGGUUUCGCAAGAUUUCUACAAGACGGAGUCAUGGCUGCGACCCUCUGCGGUAGUCCUAUGUACAUGGCUCCAGAAGUUAUAAUGUCUUUACAGUACGAUGCCAAGGCAGAUCUUUGGAGUCUGGGAACCAUAGUAUUUCAAUGUUUGACUGGUAAAGCCCCUUUUCAGGCUACCACUCCACAAGCACUGAAGCAAUUUUACGAGAAAAAUGCUAACUUACAACCAAAGAUCCCAGUUGGGACUAGUCAGGAGUUAAGUGAAUUACUUAUGGGACUGUUAAAAAGGAAUGCUAGGGAACGAAUGAAUUUUGAGACUUUCUUUAAUCACAAAUUUCUGAAAAGGCCGGAGCCAUUGCAGUCACAAAGUCCUUUACAAGGAGAAUUACCUUUACCAAUCUAUGGUUCUCCGCCUUCCGCUUCAAAGUUACCUGUUAGACCCGCAACACCUGUUAAAGUUGCUACUCCUCCAGUGUCCGAACCAGGCUUCGAAUUCAUCAAUCAUACUCGAUCUUGCUUUGUCCUUGUAGAAUCACCUCGAUCUACAAGAAACGCGCUUAGUUCAAGUGCUGAGGAUGAUUAUGUUAUAGUGCCGCAAAAUAUUCAAAUUCCAUCGGACCAUUCCACAGAGAGUAGCGUUGAAAAAGAAAAAACCACAUUUAGACUGCCGGUCAGAUCUCCUCCGCUGCCAUCUGGCCCUGUCGCAAGCCCUACCAGGCCGAGUUUCUUGCCCAUAUCCGAACCUAUACCUGUUCCAACACAACGUGAAGCCUUCCAAAAGAUGCACAAUCGAGGAGAGAAGAAAGAGGAACCAUCUUCUCCAACUAAGUUGAACGGCAGUGGUAGUGUACCUAGAUCGCAACCAAUCAGCAUGAAGAAGAGGCCUGAGAGGCAGACGUCAGAUAUAGAUAUCAGUUCAAUGUCACCACCUUCGCUUAAAUAUGUAUGCGGCACUCCCCCGGGAGGACGAAGAAGAUCGACGUCUGGGAGUUUAUGUGAAACUCCCCCUCCUCCAAGUAUUUGGACGGUCUCGCCAAUUUCGGGAUCUAAGAAUAUACCUAUGAAUUCUCCUUUGAGACGAUCAGUCAUUCUAGGUACUUCUCCGCCAGUAUUAAGUGGACCUUUAGCAAGGAUUCCCAUACUAAGCAGUCCCAACCUAAAUGACAACAAUAACCUGGGUCGGUCUCCAGUGAUUCCCUUUUGUACGCGAGCCGUGACGUUGCCAGAAAUAUCGGAAAUGGGAAAUUAUCAAGCCUUUUUAAAUGAAACAUCUGCCAGCAAUGAUAUACACCCAAUUACAUUUUUGGCGCCAGAACUUCCAGAAGAAACACUGUUGGAGAAAGAACACAAUGAAACGUUGGCAAAAAUAAACUUCGUCUUGGCGUUAAGUAACUGUAUUUUGGACAUGGCUUCCCAAAGGUCAGCACCCCUUUCUAUGCUUGUGGAUCAUUUUGGACAAAAUCAGAAUUCUUCAAAUGAGUUUACAAAAAUAGCUGAACAACUAGUAUUGUCGGUGAGAGCGUUACAAUUGCUUAGUUCUGGGCUGGCUCUGGCUACUAAGCAAAUCAAGGCUGGACAAUUGAGGCCUAGUAGUACCGUUAAGACUGUUCUUUCUACUAUGAACGCAAAAUUUAAAUCAACUCUUCAAGAAUGCAAGCAAUUGAAUAGCACGGGUUUGCUAAACAAAGUUGGUGGUUCUGGUAUAACGGCAGACAAAAUUAUCUACAAUUAUGCCAUUCAAAUGUGUCAGUCUGCAGCUUUAGACGAACUAUUUGGGAAUCCCGAAGACUGUUUCCAGAGGUACCAAACAGCACAGAUAUUGUUGCACAGUUUAUCUCAACAGACACAGAAUCACAAGGACAAGGGGCUUCUGACAAAGUAUAAAGAAGCAGUAGAAAAGCGUCUGUACGUUCUUCAACAACAAGGAUACAUAUAUGCUACCGACCUCAAUUAAAUUAAUAUAGAAUAUAUCCGGGAAUGUAGAUGAAAUAUAUCGUAAGAUACAUUAAUUCAUAUUUUUCGCUUUUCAAUCAAACUAGAUAAAAUAUUAUUUGUUUACAAUUUCUUUUAAUAAUAAGACAUGGUUUAGGGAUAUAGUCAAAUACUGAAUUUAAUGUACUUAUAUGUUAUAGUAUAACGCUUCAUUAUUUUAUAUUAGUUACCUACUUUGUAAAUGGUAAAUUGUGACAUAUUUUCAAAAUUUGAUAUUUUUAUAAAUUAAAAAUUAAUGGAAAUGGUAAAAAUGCCAAAAAAGAAUAUUCCUUGCCACAUCGAGAAUUUGGACACUUAUUUUCAUAAAACGAUAAUGAUAAAUUUAAUUUAUAAACAUAAAAUGAACUAGGUGAAGAAAAAAAUACAAUUCAUGAGUACCUGAGGAAGUGCUGAAACUCAUACUCCCAAUAAGCUCAGUUUGGUAGUUGAGAGAUGAUGAUAUAAAUCACUUGUGAUUAUGAGACCAAUUUUGUACUUUUUUCGGCUACUCAUUCAAUUUGAGGCAAUUUUUGUUUAGUAUGUAAUUCAUGUUGGUUAUUCAUAUACGAGGUCUGUCCCAAAAGUAUAUGACCUUUGGUCAUUACUUCCCAACCUCCUAAGUAUAUGACCUUCGGUCAUUACUUUCCAACGCUUAAUUCAUCGUCAUGGAGUUCAUGGCAUCCUUCGUAAUAAUCCCCAUAUGACUUAACAACCUGCUCCCAUUGGUGUUUAAAGUCACCGAAGCGGUUUUGAAAUUUUGUUUUUAUAGUAGCCUUCGGUACCGUUGUAGCAUUCGCUUGAAGUCUUAAAACGUUACCUUUUAAGCGCCCUUUUCAAUAUUCGAAAUACGAGAAAAUCUGAGAGGGCUAUGUUGGGAUUGGACGGAGUUUUGCGAAAAACUGUUGCACUAUUUCAAUUGCAAACAGUUCAAUGAAUGUGCUGUCGCAUUAUUGUGAUGAAGACAAAUAUUACUACAUACUCAAGUCUUUUUACAACUUGCGCCUAAAAGUAUUUGGUGAUUUUCUGACAUGAUAUUUGUAUCAUACGUAUAUCAUUUCAUGGUACCCAACUAGGAUGAAAAUGGCCUCCGUCCUAGGAUGAACUAAGACCCUAAUUGGAUAAGAAAAUGCAAUAUACAAUGCGACGAAGCAAAAGGUAUAAAAGUACAGAAACAAAAGGCACAAAAUAGAUCUUACCCUAACAGGGAUCUGGAACACACACAGAAUUGUCGUUCACAUCUUGAUUUCAAAAUGGAAAAUUAAAUGGAUUGAAAAAAUAUGGCGUUUUGUACAGAAUAUUUACGAAAAAAAAGUACCUACCGUAAGUUAUCGUUUCUAGGUGGGCGAUAUAACCCGAACUCUACUUGACUUAACGUGGUUCUUGAGGUACCUCGGUAAAACCUUUAGAAGAGUUUUAGAAUAUUUGCAAACAAGCUCAAAUGGGAUCUUUGGUGACAUUUCGAUCAAUUCUUUUAAGCAGAUUAUUUGUGGGUAGUUGAACGACACUGGGUGGUAGAAAUAUAACGAAAAAUUUUAUUAACACGGCCUAAAAUGAUUUUUUAAGAAGUACUUAGUAGAAAGAAACCUAGGAGCUUUUUUCUGAAAAACAAAAAAUUUAUAUAUACUUAUAAUCAUAAAAUAUAUAAAAAAUAAUAAUGUGUGUACUUUGUACGCACGUAAGAAGUUAUACUUCUAUUAUAUGAUUUCAACGAAAUCAAUAUACUUUAAACAGUUUAUUUAUAUUUAAUUUAAAUAUUAAACUAAUUUUAAUACUUACUACUUUCCAAAAAAAUUUAUUAAAACAAUAACAAAAAUUAAAAAGAUAAAAGAAUAAAAGACACACAAACACAUUGAAAAAUACCACAAAGAAAUGAUUUCUGAACAAUAAUUGUUGCCAAAAAUUUUAACUAAAUACGUAUUUUCUGAAAAAAAAAAUAUAUAAUAAUAUAUUUACAAUCAUAAAAUUUAUAAAAAAAAAUAGUAACUUGCAUUGGGGAUCGAACUCACUUCCCGUCGAUCGAAAGUCAAAGUGCUUUCCCACUGCGCCAAAUUCGCGUAUCUGUCAUGUGGGAAUAUACACCAACUGAACGUUUACACCAUAAACUUUUUGACAGUUGUUUAUUACUUAUAUGAAUUUAAUCAAAUUAGUUUGAUUUUUGUGGAAUAACAAUAUAUUAGGUGAAUAUUGAUGGCAGAAUAGAAAUUUUGAUGGUAAUCAAAGUAUGUAAAAUCAAAGCAUUACAUAUACUAUUUUGGUAGGUUCAUUUUAAAUUUUCCAAAUAGGUAGGCACCUAUGUAAUUUUUUAUUAGGUUACUGAAACAUUUACAAUAAUUAUUACGUACCUGUCGCUUUUAAAAACUAUUUAAAAAGUCACUACAAUUAUAAACUUGCUUUUUUCUCUGCCAUCACAACAAUAAAAACUAAUAUACACAUUUUUGUUUAUCUAUAAUCUCCAUAUUGAACAAUUAUUGACAGAUGAUUUUAACACCCAAUCAGAUCCCGUAAAACGUUUGAGCGGCUAAUACCAUUUAAUACCAUACUGUCUGUGUGCGCAUGCGCCAGGGAAUGUAAAAAUUCACCCUCGUGCCUAAAGAAGUAUAACUUCAAAAAUAAAAAUUUGCAUUAUGGAUCGAACACGUGUAUAUUAGGUUUUAACGUGUAUUUUAACGUGAAUCAAGCACGUUAAAAUGCACCCAAUUAGACACGCCAACUGCAUGUUUUAAACUUUUUGACAGUUGGUCAUAUUUGCUUAUUGUCUGAAUUAAUCAAAUUAGUUUAAUUUUUGUGGAAUUAAAAUAUUAAAAUACAACAAAAUAUAGAGUAAGAAAACAAUAUAUUAGAUGGAGAUUGGUAGAAAUUUUGUUGGAAAUCAAAUUGUGCAAAUCGAAGGACUUCAACAUUUUACAUUUCCCCAAUAGGUUUAUAAUUUUUAUUACAAUACUAAAACAUUUACAGUUACAGCUCCCGGAACGAACCAUGGCCGAUGAGAAACGCUGUCGACGGUCGUACGCCCACCUAAACUCUACAGUCUCUACACAGACAGGAUUUCUCUCGCCGGUCAUGGUUCGCUCCGGAGCUGUAAGUACCUGUUGCUUUUACAAAGUAUUUAAAAAGUCACUACAACUAUAAACUUACUUUUGUCUCUGUUCUCACAAUAAAACCUAAAACACAACAUGUGUUUGCCCACAGGCGCCAUAUUUAAGUUUUGACAGGUUAUUGGAAUGCCCAAUCAGAGCAAACGUAUACCGUAUCCACUACUAUCAUUCAUCGGCGCGUAGGGCUAAAAAUUUUUGAUGAAUUCGCGCACAUUUACAUUUACUCCCAAUCCCAACAUUUUUUCCAAUCGCGCCUAGAAGUAUAACUUCAAAAAUGAGACAGUUUCUCGAAUAUUUACUGAUUAUGCUGGUACCCUACAGAGGGCGUUGGCACGUAUUGGCGCGAAAUCGUAAAUAAAGAUCGGAUACUUUUGGAAGAGACCUCGUGUAUGUUAACAUAUGAUCGUUAUACCGUAUAUUGAAGGAGAAAGAUCAGUGAAUAUGUUUGUUACAAAUAAUCGACCUAACAUGUAAAUAUUGUUAGUUAUGUAUGACUUAUAUUCCUAAACCUCGAUAUAUCGUAAUAUGUAGUUAUUUAAUGGCAUAUAGCUAAUCGGAAUGCUGGUUUAAGGAACAAACAUGUACAGGAACGUAUGAAGAUAUAUUUGUAUUUCUUACGUAAUUUGUUUUUUAAUAAUUUUUGAUAUGUUUAGAUGGUAAGUAAUAAAACUUGAGGAACAGAUAAUUUUAAAUAUUUGUUUAACGCAAUAUUUAUUUAAAUAAUUGUAUCCAGCAAUAUGAUGUCUGUGUUAUUUAUUUUUAAUAUCAUGCUUCUAGAUAUGGGAAGGUGCAUUGCCACUAAAACAUCUGUCAUAAGUGUAUUAAUAAAUUUUAUACAAAUUAAAAUAAAACAGUUUUCAAUGAUUUAUAUAUAAACUGAAUUUGCAUUCAGUUAUGCAUAUGGAGAAUGGUUCAAACUCCAAGAAGUUUGACUUUGACAAAAUAUAUUUUAUAAGAAAACCAAAUCCAAAUCAGAUAUUUAGUAUAGAGUGCAAUAAUAAUGGUACUAUUGCAAUAUUUUUGAUCGACUUAUCUUUUUGAAUUAAAAUAAUUUUUAAAUAAUAAGGUAAGGUAAGUUUCAACGAAAAAAAUGUCAAAUUGAAAAGUCAAUAUACCUACGCUUAAAAUAAAAAUUUGAAAAUUGAGAUAACUUAACUAGCCUAUUAGUAUACAGUUUUAGUAUGAAGUUCAGUUUUCAGUUUAAGUAGUAUUCAGUUUAAGUAGUAUUCAGUUUUUAAGGUGGAGUAUAUAUCUUAAAUAUAUUAUAUUGCUUAUUUCCUGACCGUGAAUUUUUAAAUAGUUUGUAUCUUAAAUAUAUAGGAAAGAAGACAAUUGCAUUUCUUUUCAAUUCGAGCUCCACCAUUCUUCUAUACAUGGUAUGAGGUUUUACGAAAUACUGUUUAUCUAUAUGUCCGUUAUAGUAACAUAACCUGCCUAAGUACUCUAGUAGCGUCCUCUAUAUGCAACAACAAGAAGUCAGGAGACUUCCCUUCAAUACUGUCGCUUCGUACUCGUCAUGUUGUUACUAUAAAGACCAUAAACAGCAUUUCAAUUCGAACUAUCACAAGUCUUCCUGAUGGAAGGUGAAACCUCGAAACACGUGUAGAAGAAUGGUAGUGGUCGAAUUGAAAAGAAAUGCAAACGUAUACUUUCAUUUUAACGUAUUGUUAUGACAGUUCCGUAAGAUUGAUCCCACAUCGAUAAAGUCCGUUGAUGAAAAAGAAGAAGUAGUCAAGUACGAGAAUAUUCGGUGUCAUGGAAUAACCCAGAAAUGUAUACGCUGUGAGCUCGUACGUAGAGGGGAGAUUUACAAAUUCGCGAGCGCCAGUAGUGACAAGUCUGUAAACGUUUACCGGAAAUUUGACAUAAAUGUCAAAGUGAUUAAUUUAAAAUUAAAAUUAAAAACAUUAAUUAUAAAAAAUAUUAGUUGGUCAAAGCUGUGGUAUGUAUAUAUUUUUACCUUAAAUAGACUUACGUUUUAAAUACUGAGUUUAAGUUUUUUUAAUGUUCCGUAAUAUGUAAUUAUAAAUUAAUCUUAGCGCCAUCUACACGAUAAUUGUGAAAGUAUCCGAGGUAAGAAAUUCAUAUUUUAUCAAUAGAACGUCAAAAUGAUUAGCAAAAUCUAAAAAAAAUCGAUUACAAUUUAAUUACUUUUUUGCGUUGUAAAUAUUAAGCGAUAACAAUUAAAUAAUAAAUUUAAAAAUUACCGGUGAAAGUUGAAUUAGUAGUCCGCUAGGAGCGACACCAGCGAAGCUCAGAGCGUAUAGUGACGUCUAGAACAUCAGAAGAUGUAUAAAAGUAUAGGGAGUUGACAGUUUAUAGAACAGUCGUAUUUUAGAUUUUGAAGUUUAAAGUUGUCAGUUUAAGUUGAAAAGUAUUUUUGAUCGAGUUCAAAAAAGCUAUUUUAAAGAAGUGUAUUGUUGGUGACAGCGGUAUUCCAGCGGGAUUCAAGAGAUAUUAGUAAUAAUUGUUAAUGGUGAAUACGAGAUCUGGUGAAUUCGAGAUCUGGUGAAUUUGGUAAAGAAAUGCAUACGUCCGGACCCCCCACAUGGUUUUUAAAAAUGGAAGAGGAAAAGGAAAAGCGUAGGGAAGUGAAGGAUAAGCGUAGAGACGUGAAGGAUAAGCUUAGACAAGAAAAGGAAGAACUGAAGGAGAAGCGUAGACAAAAAGAGAAAGAUGAAAAUGAGAAGCGUUGGCAAAAAGAGUUUCAACAAGAUACCUUUUGUAAAAAAUCAUUGUCGGAAAGAGGUCAUAAAUUAAGAAAGAUGGCCCAUGAUAAUAUUACACCUGAACCCUUUCUAAAAUGUAUUUUUAAGUAUAUCGACUCAAUCUUCAUGUUUGGCAUUGACAAAGACUAUUAUACACAAGUUAUCGGGCAACAAAUCAUUUCGAAGAUAUUAAAGAUAUGGUUUCCAAUGGGCUUCAAAGCAACGGUGUUUUUAGUUACAUUAUAGAAGAAAAUACCGAGAACGGGUGCAUUAAAAAGGAACUGCUUAAAUUUUUUAAUGAAGUCCAUUCAGAUUGUACAAGAACUUUUAGACAUGAGAUUGUAAAUAAGUUGCCGCAGAUGUAUUUGUUUAAGUUAUUCGUUCUUGUGAUUACGAGCUACAAUUAAUAAUAUUGAAAACAAUUUUUCGUAUGUACAACCAACGCAUGAUUUACGGUAAUUUUAAAGAACUAAUGCCAUAAUCCGCGAAACUGUCACACUUUUUUCUGAAAUAAAUGGAUCAUCACAUUUGAUCAAGGUAUAAGAAGAUUUUUAAACGCGUUGAAUACAAAGUAUAACAAAAUUUCCACAAUCAUGUGUACUAAUAUACUGAUAGAUGACACCUAUUAUAUUCCAGCUGAGGAAGUUUUUUAUGUCAAUUUUAAUUUGUGGCUCAAAGUCAUUACUUGAUACCAACUACAAUUAGAUGAAAAUGGAAGUGAAAUAUGGGAACUGAUAACUGUCUUUGUAUCAGAAGUGGAUAGGACAUAUACGGAAAUUACCCCGGAAGAACCAAAACAAUUAGUUCUUCGAAUUAAAGUAAAUGGCCCUUGUCUGAUAUCACAGGCAAGCCAUCAAGAUCAAGAAGAGGGGAAUAAGAUUAAACAUAAUAUGUAUAACUAUAACAACAACAUAAUCAAACAUAAAUAAUGAAAAUUCAUACAUAUAUGUAUGUUACAGAAAGUUUUUGGUGACAAGUAUUAUGUAGAUUCACAGGAGAGGAUAAAAAUCUUGCGAUUUGAUGUAAUUCCUGCAGAUGAUAAAAAAGGUACUCAGGAGACACAAAAAUUAAAUUUAAAUAAAUCCGAUGAUUACUUGUCCCUGGAUUUAGUUGACCCCAUAAUGACUACCUUUAAUAGCACAUCUACAGAUAAUUCACGAAAAUCUACCUCAAUUAAAUCAACUAGUUCAGUUCUAGCAUUGUUUUUCUACAGCCAGCACACAUUUCAGCGAACACAACAGAUCACACUUUACAGAUUUGCCACCUUUAAAAAUCCUUGUGGAAAUGGAAGAUGUUCUGGCAGUGCAGUUGAUCAGUAUCUAGAAGAAAAAACAAACGUAACCGAGAAUCCAACUUAAAGCCACGUCCAGAUAUAAAAAUUAUGAGCGAAUCUGAAGAAACGCAAUUUGAUUCAAAUUAUUUUUUACCACAUUCAAGCCUUAUUUACCAAACGUAUCGAGCUGCAAAAUAAACGUUUCUUCAAAAUUAGAUGAAGCGAAUAAAUCAACAUCUGCAGAAAACUAUUUCUCAGCUGCUAAUAUUAUAGACAUUCAUGCUGACAUUGUACCUAACUAUCGUAAGGUCAGAUUACACAACUACAUAAAGAAAAUGCAUUAAAAUUGAAAGUAUCCACUGCUCUACAAGAAAUAAAAAAAAAAUUUAAAAAGAAACAAAGCAAACACAGCCUUUCCCAACUACUGAUGAACUAACUAACUACUUAUAAACGCAAUUUAAAGGAACUGCUUCGGCCUUAAGAAAAACCAACAAAAGUAUCAACUACUGUUUCACAAAAAAUUAAACCAACUGAUACAAUAAUAGACCAAACUGUCAUAACAACUGAAAAUAGUUUAGGACACGAAAAAGAAAAUUGUAAUAAGCAAAGAAAAAAGACACUCACGCAAAACGAUAUUAAUAUGAUUAAAAAGGGUCCACAGUUUUGCCAGCAAAACAAAACGAAGUAAUACCACACAGGUAGCAGUCGUAUUAUCAAAAGAUAAUUUAGAGCGAUACAGAAAAUUGCAUACAUAAUCUCAAAAGAAAAUCGGAUAUUCACUAGCGAAAAUGAAUCUGAACUAUUUAGAAAAGUAACGACUACUAUUUCAGGAAAAAUAAACGAGCACGAGCAAAAAUUGCUUAGUGAAAAAGAAAAAUGUGCUAGAAAUGUUUCUGCAACGGUUGAAAAGAUGCCUGCUGAUGUUUCGGGAAAAAUAAAACUAAGUAGUACAAAAAAUGCCAGCUAAGGAAUUUUUUUAUGUCAAUUUUAAUUUGUUUCACAAAGCCAUUACUUGGUACCAACUACAACUAGAUGAAGAUGGAAGCGAAAUAUGGGAGCUGAUAACUGUUUUGUAUCAGAAGUGGAUAGGGCGUAUACGGAAAUUAGGCCGGAAGAACCAGAAGAAUUAGUAAUAAUUAAAGUAGCUCUUGUCUGACAUUACUGUCAAGUCAUCAGGAAGAGAGGAAUAAGAUUAAACAUAUGUAUAACUAUAACAACAAAAUCAAACAAAUAAUGAAAAUUCAUACAUAUGUAUGUUACAGAAAGUUUUUGGUGACAAGUAUUAUGUAGAUUCACAGGAGAGGAUAAAAAUAUUGUGAUUUGAUGUAAUUCCUGCAGAUUAGACGAAAGGUACUCAGGAGACACAAAAAUUAAAUUCAAAUAAAUCAGUUAGUGUCCACGCUUCCAUUCCGUAGAGCAGAACUGUGAAUAUGUAGCUUUUCAACAGACGGUAAUUUGUUUUUAAUGAUAUGUCUCGACUGUUGAAAAUGAGUCUCAUUCUAACGUAUGCUGCUUUCGCUUUUAUUAUUCGCUGUUUAAUUUCUGUUGAGUUAACAAUACGCUAACUUACGUUAUAAUCAAAGGCAAAAAUAAAUAUUGAAAAUUGUUUGUUCCGUUGGUUUAAACAUACAUUACCGCAAUUUUAUGAAAUUUACCAUUAUAUUAAAUGUAUAAUUAAUGUAAAUAGGUUGUGAAUAAUGAGAUGUUCGAUUUGACUCAUAAAGAUUUUCCAAUUGCAAGGAGUCUUAUUAAAAAGAUUAACUCAUAGUCGUUUAUUUUGGCUAUUACGGAGACAUAAUAUUAUAUUAAUAAUGACAGUCUUAAGUCUACGAAAUGUGAGUUUAAAUCUUGUUGCUAGAUCCGUGGCACGAUCCGUUUAAAAAAAAUAAGCUAGUUCCGUGUUUGGUCAUCGUUUAAAUUCGUAUUAAUACAAAUAUACGUCAUUUAUUCAAGCCAGUUGCAAACCUGAGUUGUGGCGAUGAUAGAGUGGUAGUGAAAUGUACAAACUAUUUGAUCGUUAUCAGUACGGUGCAGCUUGGAAAGUUAAUUUAUGUACAUCCGUACCAUCCCACUCCAAUUACCAUUACAAUUAAGGUACAUAUCCCAUUGUUUCACCAACCGAUGUAUACCUUGUUUAAAGAAUUUUUGUGGCUGUUGCUUGAAAAAUACUUUAACGGCAUUUUGUACUUCUUCGUCCGACUGAAAACAAUUACCUUUAAACGCCUUUUGCAGUGACCCAAAGAUGUAAAAAUCGCAAGGAGAAGAAUCGGGACUAAGAGGUGGAUGCUCUAGGUCCAGAAGGUUGUUCAGAAGAAUGACAACGCGUGAGAGAUUCUGUGAGAAUACGUGUGAGAUGGAGCUGGUUCAAAGUUUCAUUUCUAGGUUCUGUAAAGUCGACGAGCAAAGAUCAUUCAUGAUCGGAAAAAAAAAAUGUUAACACUACCUUGUCUGUAGAAGGUUUAACUAUAAAUUUCUUUGGUGGCAGAGAAUUUGCGUGUCCAUUGCAUCGAUGACAGCUUACUGGAUAGUUCAAAAUAAUGACACCAAGAUUCAGCCAGCAAUUAUUGGCGAAAGAAAAUCAGUAUCGUUUUUCCUAUAUUACCUGAGAUGUUGCAAAGAUAAACCCAUUCGAAAGCUUUUUGGUCCUCUGACAAAAGACGAGGAACCCAUCGUGCACAAACUUUGCUGUAACUUAGUGUGUGUAUGAUACUAGUGGCAGAUCCUAUAUUCACACCAACAUUUUCUGAAAUAGCUGAUUGAAAUUUACGAUUUUCUCUAAUCAAACCUUCCACACAUGCGACAUUCCUGUCUUUUGAUGCAGUACUUAAUGCACCUGGUCGCGGAUUAUCAUUCGUCUCCUCUCUUCCACUCUUAAAUUUUCUUCGACACCAUUGUGUGACAAUUGGAUACUCAAAAAGUCACAAUACUUAAAAUCGCAGUCAAUACAAAUAAUAAGAACUGAUCAGUGUGACGUUUACAAACAUAAUUAACAUUGCAGAAAACAGAACGUCAGUUGAGUGGUUGCAAUUAGUUCCAAGGCUAACCUGACCAAAGAUGACUUUCAGUUGAACAAAGCAGUUCUUUUACCUUCGGAUGCUGUAUGUAUAUGUUUAUUUUGAAAUCGGUUUAAGCCCUAAGGCAAUGGUGCAUACGGAACAAUGAGUGAAAAAUAAACUUUGUAAAAAUAAUUUUUUUUUCAAUAUGUGGUGUCGUAAAGUACCUACUAUUCUAAAGUAAACCGUUGAUAGCAGGUUAGGUGUAAUAGGAAAGUACAUAAAUUUAUUUAUUAUUAAGUAUAACAACUUGUAUUAUAUAAUUUUAGAAUUUUUAAUAAUUUUUUAAGUUUUUGCUUCCAGUUAAAUAAGAUUACUUAUUAAGCCAUAUAUUGUAAAUAUCCAAUUAUUUACUGUAUAUUACGUCUUUACAAAGAUUUUCGCAAAAAGAGCAAUUUUUUAUAACAUUCAUAAAAAUAUUCCGUUAAGUAUGCUUUUUCUCUUUUAUCAGUAAUGGGACUCGCGUUCUUCAUUAUUGAUGGACCACAAUUAUGCUGAUUUAAACAUAUGUAAUGUUUAAAAUAACGUGCAAUAUCAAAAUUACCUCUUUAAAUUUGCAUAUCCUAUAUUAUAGUAGUAUAUAUAAUAUACAAUUAUAUGUUAAUAAACAGUUCCUUAUUAUAGAGAAAAUUAUGGUGUACAGAAAUAUUUCCAUAAUUGAAUAUUUUGUUAAAAUAAAAAAGUUUAAGUUAACAAUCAAGAAAAUGGCAAAAGCAACAAAAAUAUUCUCAAUCUAUUUUCUGUACCACUCUUGUGCAAUUGGAUUAUUCUUUAAAAAUAUUGGUAAAUUCUAAGUUCUACUUUGGUAAACCAAAUGUAUAAUUUAAUUUAAAAAAAAAUCGAUGAAUUCCACAUUAGCACCAUAUUACUAAAAGUACUCUUUUGUUUUGUGGAAACAAAAAUUUCACUUUUAUUUCCAUGAAAAAGUUUUUGCAGACUGUCAUGUUCUGGAGAAUAUAAAAAUAUUUAUUUUCUAUACACUUUUUGAAUUCAAUUAAGAUUUACAGAUUACAUGAUGUGACACUGCAAAAGGAGAACUAUAGUAUUUUUACUACAAAAACGUUAUUACGUAGGUCAAAAUUUUUGACGUAAGAAAACUGUCAAAACAUUAGAAUGUGACUUUUCAUUAUCGCCAUGUUUAUUAUAAACAUGCCAAUAAUGAAAAGUCACAUUCUAAUGUUUUGACAGUUCUCUUACGUCAAAAAUUUUGACCUACGUAAUAACGUUUUUGUAGUAAAAAUACUAUAUCAAGCUUAUCGAAAGACUUAAAAUUAAAAAUUCUUUCUGUAGCGUGUUUGCAGUAUGCAAAGCAUAGGGCUACGUAAAUCUUAUGGAACCUUGGUAGCACAUUGUUGCCGGUUUUAAGUAGGUAGAAACACCUCUAAAUGCCUCUUGUUGAUAAGUACCCCUCUUAAUACGCCCAUAUCUGGCUAACAUUAGUGGCCCUUGUGCUGUUUCGAAACGUAAUCACAAUGCAUGGGAUUUUUUCUCCAGGUUUUUUAUAUACCAGACAGAAAUAAAGUUACAAACUUCAAAACACGAAAUGAAACACUGGAAUUCAUUUCAAACACUUAUUUACCAUGUCUCACUAUAACUCACUAGUUUUCCCCAAACCACUCUUGAUUAAAAAAAAAAUACGUGCAUUGGUAUAGUUUUUUGGAUAUAUUUUCAAUAUUUCUAUAUUAUCUGAUUAAACAUGGUGUUAAUUUUGAGUUCAUUAUACUGUUCAUUAUACAAAUUUAAUGUAGAUCUUGGAUGUACUUAUAUGGCUGGUAAUAUUCUGUUACUAAUUUUAGUCAUAACAAUAUUAUUAUUUAGUGUUAAUGGCACUAAAAGGUUGACACAUUUUUGUUAAGUGAACUAGACGAAAUAAUUUUACUUAGCUCUAUUAAAGUCAACAGAUUUUCUGAUAUUGAAUAACAUUUUGCAGAUUUUAAUUUCAGCAAUAUUUUCCUAUAGGUACCGACUUUUCUGACUUUUUUACUAACAAGUAACUAGAAUCUUGCUAUUCAAUUUCUGGAUAAUACUGGGAAAUAUUUUUAAAAAUCGAAAAAUAAUCAGGAUCAGACCAUGAGUAAAAUGUAUCUUGAAUGUACGUUAGAGAAGAGGAGGAUGCCUUUUAUUUUGGCCAGGUAUAUCUAUAAAAAAUAGGACCCUUCUCCAUGUGUACGUCAAAUCUUCUCAUACUAUCAGUAAGUUGCUAUAAGACUCUCCCACACUCACACACUCAGUCUCGGACCGAAGAGGUUACAUUACUUAUUUUACGACAUAAAUAUUUUUUGACAAAACUAUUUAUAGUAUAGUAUAGUUGAUCCAAAAGAUGGCAUAACCCAGAUAUCCAAAGUGUUUCCACACUAUUUUAAGCGUCCACACCAUUUUAAGCGUCGGCUUUGGGGGCAGAGAGAGGAGAAAUCAGUAAAUUCGUAGUUUUUUUAAGUUUUUCGCCAAUAUUUCUAAAACUAUGCGGUUUAGCAUGAACAACCUUCUGUACAAAAUUGUUCUACAUUAAAUUUGAAAUAAAAAAGGCCCUAUGCAUAAUCUUUCUAAAAUGAAUGGUUCCAAAGUUACGGAGGUAGUAUAGUAUAACUGGUCCAAAAAAAGGCCUAACCCAAACAUCCAAAGUAAAAGUUUUCCUCCAACACCAAAAUGUUCUAUAUAGUAUUGUUCAGUAAAAAGUUACACCAUUUUGAGCUUCCGGUUUGGGAGGGAGAUGGGAGAGAAGCCGGUAAAUUAGUAGUUUUUUUACGUUUUCGUCAAUAUUUCUAAAACUAUGCUUUAGCGUAAACAAUGUUAUAUACAAAAAUGUUCUACAUGAAAUUUAAAACAAAAAAUGUUCUAUACAUAAUUGUUAUAAAAUCAACGGUUCCAGAGUUACGGAGGGUUAAAAGUCGAGGUUUUCAAUACUUUUUAUAUUUUUUGGGCAAUAUUUAUGAUAUAACUAUACCAAAAACCCAGACAUCCAAAAUGAAAGUUAUCCUGCAACACCAAAUUGUUCUAUAUGGUCCACAUAAUGUUCAGAAAAAAGUCACACCAUUUUGAGCGUCGGGUUUGGGGGGAGAGGGGGGAGAAAUCGCUAAAUAUAUAAAGUAUCGAAAACCUCCACUUUUCACCCUCCGUAACUCUGGAACCGUUGAUUUUAUAACAAUUAUGUAUAGAACCUUUUUUGUUUUAAAUUUUAUAUAGAACAUUUUUCUAUAUAACAUUCCUUACGCUAAAGCAUAGUUUUAGAAAUAUUGACGAAAAACGUAAAAAAACUACUAAUUUACCGACUUCUCCCCCAUCUCCCCCCCAAACCGGACGCUCAAAAUGGUGUAACUUUUUACUAAGCAAUAUGUAGACCAUAUAGAACAAUGUGGUGUUGAAGGAAAACUUUUAUUUUGGAUGUCUGGGUUAGGCCUUUUUUUGGACCAAUUAUACUAUACUACCUCCGUAACUUUGGAACCGUUCAUUUUAGAAGGGUUAUGCAUAGGGCCUUUUUUAUUUCAAAUUUAAUGUAUAACAAUUUUGUGUAGAGGGUUGUUCAUGCUAAACCGCUUAGUUUUAGAAAUAUUGAUGAACAACGUAAAAAACUACGAAUUUGAAGAUUUCUCCCCCUCUCCCCCCCAAACCCGACGCUCAAAAUGGUGUAACUUUUUUCUGAACAUUAGGAGACCAUAUAGAACAAUUUGGUGUUGGAGGAUAACUUUCACUUUGGAUGUCUGGGUUUGGGUCUAACUAUACCAUACUAUUAUUACAAUGCGCUAUUUCAAUUAGAUUUUGGUAUUAUAGUUACGUGCGAAAUACGCCACCCUAGCAAUUCUUCUACUUUAAGCGAUACGAGUGAUUAUUGCUAAGAAGAGCCGGCGUGGUGACCAGUGGCGAUUGGCGACUGACACUCGCGACUGUUAGUUUAGUUGUUAAUAGUAUGAAUAGUAUUAUAAAUAAAGUAAAUAGAGAUGGAGAAGGAUAGAGAUGGGUUUAAUCAUUCAAUUCUAUGAACUAGUUCAGCUGCAUGUCUUUUCUACUUCAUCGUCUGAAAUGAAUUAAAAUAAAGAAUAAUGCUCUUUUCUUUGUUUUUUCUUUGUAUAGAAGUAAUUGAUUAGUUUAUUGAAAACAAAUUGAUUUUAAUGUUUUUGUGUUUAGUGAUUUAUUAUCAAUGCUAGUUGUUAGUUUAAAAUAAGUUUCAAAAUAUUUCAAAUUGUAAGAAGAACGAACUUUGAAGUAUGCUGCUUUCCAAAAAGAAACAGAACAUAUAUUUAGUUAUUAGACAUGUAAUAUUAUAUCGCAGUUCACCUUUUUACAUAAAGAAUAUUAUAGAAUAUAUUGUUCGUUAAAAUCCUGUACAUUCAAAAAAUAUCAACGGUAUUAUUUUAAAUUCUGCUUAAAUUUGAACGACCGAACAUUACAUGGUUUGUGCCUAAUCGUAAAAUCAUUAAGACAUUAUUUACAUAAAAAUCUACGCUAACACACGUAAAAAAUGCUUAAAUAUAUAGUUUUAUAUUUACGUAUUUCAUCGUCAUUUUUUAUGCGACGUCAAUAGUCCUUUACUUACUUUAAUUUGAAUAUAUCGUCAAAUAUUUAUGUUUAUUUAUGUAAAAAUGAUUAAAAAGAAUUUUGUGUUAAGUGCAUUAACGAUUCCAAGAUUAAUAUUAAUUUUGAAUGAAAGUAAUUUGUGUAACUUCCAUUUUUAAUUUUUUGUUAAGUAUAUUCGUGUGGCUGUUCGUGUUAUACCAAGUAAUUGUAUAAAGUGAUAUUAAAAUUAUUUGUAAUCGUAUAUUUAGUAUGAAAUUGUUGUUUAUUUCGUUUUAUUUAUUAAACAAUAAAAUAUU